AUGCGAGUAGUUUGGUCUAGUGCUUUAAAAAGAGAGCUCUGGAUUAAAAGGCUCUCCUUAAGAGUAUAUUCGACGAAAGUUCCUGAUAAUGCACCUAGAGCGGCUGACAAUGAAGUAUGGUUGGAAACUCUGCGACCUAUAAUUCCAUCAAGUCAAGAAAAGCAGAGUCCUGAUGGUAAUAGCAGCCGCAAGAAUUUUAUUAAGGUUCCACUUAGCGAAGUUACGUCUAUAAACUACCUUCAACGGUAUAAUAAGCAUAAGCAUAAUCAGGGCAAUUUCGUAGAUGUUCGUAUAGUGAAAUGCAGAAGUGGUGCUGGUGGAAGCGGAGCUGUCUCAUUCUUCAGAGAUGCAGGAAGAUCUAUUGGCCCUCCAGAUGGUGGAGAUGGUGGAGCUGGUGGUAGCGUUUACGUUCAAGCUGUUGUCGGAUUGGGGUCCUUGGCGAAGAUGAAGACUACAUAUAUCGCCGAAGAUGGAGAGUCAGGUGCUGCCAGACAGUUGGAUGGCAUGAGAGGUAAGGAUGUCUUAAUACAGGUUCCUGUAGGGACCGUUGUAAAGUGGUGCUUACCACCUCAAAAUGUUAGAGAACUUGUAGAAAGAGAGAUGUGCAAAGACAAAAAUACUACAUUAAGGUCUGUACUUUCUUCUACACCCAUCAGUUUAAGCGUUUCUUCUAAUGCACAUCAGAAAAAAAUACAACUAUACAGACGAAAAGUAGCAGAAUGCUGGCUUUUCAAAGACAAGUCCCAAGAAUAUCAUGAAAAUAAGGAUUGGUUCAAGAACUUGCAUAAGAAAAUGGAGGCGUACGAUCAUUCGUUACAACAAUCUGAACUUUUUAACGAUCAUUUUCCCUUGACCGGCCUUGACUUAGAACAACCAACAGCUAAACCGAUAUGUUUGCUGAAAGGUGGCCAAGGUGGACUUGGUAAUAUGCACUUUUUAACGAACCUGAUUAGAAAUCCGAGAUUUUCCAAACCCGGUAGAAAUGGCUUAGAACAGUAUUUCUUAUUCGAAUUGAAAAGCAUUGCCGAUCUGGGAUUGAUUGGUUUACCCAAUGCAGGCAAAUCAACUAUACUGAACAGAAUCUCAAAUGCAAGGCCGAAAAUUGGACAUUGGCAAUUUACUACACUGAACCCUACUAUAGGCACAGUUUCGUUGGGAUUUGGGCAGAACGUCUUCACCGUGGCCGAUAUUCCGGGAAUAAUCGAGGGUGCAUCACUAGAUAAAGGAAUGGGACUUGAGUUUUUGAGGCACAUAGAACGUUCCAAGGGUUGGGUCUUUGUUGUAAAUCUUGCUAAUGCGAACCCUUUAAAUGAAUUGCAUUUACUGAUAGAAGAAGUUGGUAGUUUAGAGAAGGUCAAGACUAAAAAUAUACUAAUCGUGUGUAAUAAAGCCGAUGUCGAUUUCGAAAACCCCGAUUCCAUUGCAAAGUACCUAGAGGUGGAACAAUUCUCCAAAAUUCAAGGCUGGGACUGUGUUCCGAUAAGCGCCCUCAAAGGGGAAAACAUAGAUGUUUUGAAACAGAAGAUGUUCCAGUGUGCUCGUCAGUCCAAAACUGAUAGGUAG